UUUUUGGCAGAACAAAAAAGAACCCAAAAAGUUUUCAUCGGUUCACCGAGAUUUUCACUUUCUGGUGUAUUUAAUUUCUGUUGACCAUUUGCGCUUUAUAGUUACUCAAGGGCAAAAUCCAAAUCAAAACCUUCAAAAUAUUGUCAGUGAUUACCAAAAAAGGAUGAAAAUCGACUCUUUUGACGAGUAGGCGCAAAAAAAGCUGGAAGUGUGUGGAAGUACCGAAUCAACGACGGAAACCGUCUGUAUGUAAGUGUUGUGCAGCAGUUGCAAAGAGCAGUGUAGAACGGAGCGCUAGUGGAAAGAGGUAGUAAAUUUAUCCGCUGCGUUUGUGGGGGGCAAACGGUGGAUGAGUAUACAGCCGCAGCGACACCAACAGCAGUCGUCGCAAUAAAAGAAGCAGCAGGAAAAGCGCGGAGCAGUGACAAAAUUGCGUCCGAAAAAUGCGAAAGUAAAGAAAAAGUGAAAUUCCGAAAUUGGAAUUAGUAGCGACGACAGACAACGACAAACGAAAAAAGAUCGUGGAAGGAUGAUAGCAUGAACAAGGGAGAAAAAGUGAUAUAGAGUAGGAGUCAAAGACAAAAUUGCAGAAAAUGUAAAAAAAAAUCAUUGUGAAAUGAACAACGAAUGGAAUACCAUUGUUGAAGUUACGAAUCGGCUAGCUAAUUAACACUUUGCUUUUUCAUUAAAUGCAAAUCUUUGCCGCGCGGCAAUUGCAUGCUACUGCUGUAGGUAAAAGGGGAGAAAAAUACAUACAUACAUAGGUGCUGUCAUAUAUUGUUGCGCGCUUGCUUACCACAUUCGCCCUUGCCUCGCCUACGUCACAACCAAGUGAACGCACAGCACCACUAAUUGUGCUUUCGCGCUUUAACGCAUUAUUUCUGUAGAAUUUUCAUCGCAUUUGUUGAAACGUUGCUUUGUUUGAUGAAAUUAUGUUGAAAUCGUCCUCUAAUGCACAGGAACUGCGGCUGUCCCGACCAGAGAGCACAGUACCACAAUCAACAAUUACAUCGGCAGCCGGCACCAUGGACACAUUGAAAACAUCAUUCCUACCAAAUCUGGCAAUGGACGGCGGAGUUAUUACAUCGGCUAGCUUUUGCCCGAUGUGUGGGCAACAAUUUGAAAGACCUCAACAUGCCCAGGAGCAUAUGCAAUUAUGCCAUGGCAUAUCGGCUGGCAUGAUUGGCGGCGGCGGUGUCAUUGGUGGUGGCGGUGCAAGUGUAGGUGUGGGUGGUCUGUUGUUGAGUGGUGUUCCACAACCAAAUGCACCUGUCACUGACCCCAUGAAAAUCGAGUAUCCCUGCAUGAGUUGUGAGGAGAAAUUUGGUUCAGCGCAAGAACUGGACGAACACCAUCGUAUAAUACAUCAAUCAACGGCGUUCUUGGCACGUUGUAUGGCAUGUGGCAUUUACGGCAUUUCAUCGGUUACGCUGCACGAAGGUGAUGAGUUUAAGUGUAUGCAUUGUGGCUCCGUUAGCACCGCAUCAAAUAUGACUGCGCCUCAGCAACCACCCUAUAUGGAUCAACCUGAACCUCCGCAAACGCCAGAGGAAAUGCCUUCUAUACCGCCUGAGGAAAUGAAUACUAUACCACCGGAUGAAUUGAAUUCUAGACAGAACCAACAGCAGCAGCAAAGACAACAACAGGUGCAGCAGCAACAGCAGCAUCAACAACAGGUGCAACAACAUCAGCAGCAGCAACAGCAACACCAACAGCGACAACAACAACCAGAUUUGCUUGAAGGCCAGCGGCAGCCACAACCUGAUUUGCUCGAUCAGCAGCAACAACAGGUGCAACAGCAGCAGCAGCAACAACAGCAACCGACGCCGCCACAGGCAAAUCAACAGCAACAGCAAGCAACUCAAUUGAAAGUACCGCCCUUAACCGUAAAACUAAAUAAAAAUAGCAAUGGCAACACCGAAGGCCAUCCACAUGUGAUAAUCAAGGAAGAACCUCUUGGCAUUAGCGAUGGUAAUGGUGAUAUAGAGCAGGCCUCAGUGCCGGUGUAUACUAUCCAGCAACCGGCUGGAGCUACCAGUGUUGUAGUUAGCACAGCAACUGCCACCGGCGCCGCAAAUGCGACAGGCACAACGUCAGCAGCAGGCAGUACCACAGCAGCCACCCCUGCAGCAGGAAAUAAAGUGCGUCAUAAAUGUCCAGAAUGUCCGAAAACCUUCAAAACGCCCGGCACAUUGGCAAUGCACCGCAAGAUACACACAGGCGAAGCAGACGUCACGCCCAAAGAACGUCCCUACACGUGCUCCUACUGCGGCAAGUCAUUCACCCAAUCGAACACCCUCAAACAGCACACGCGCAUUCAUACAGGUGAGAAACCCUUUAGAUGUGGAUAUUGUGGCAGGCAAUUCACUGUAAAGGACUACCUGAACAAACAUUUAACAACUCACACGGGUGAGAAACCGUUUAAUUGUAUCUACUGUGAGAAACGUUUCAGUGUCAAGGAUUACCUCACCAAGCAUAUACGCACACAUACUGGUGAAAAGCCAUACACCUGCCCCUAUUGUGACAAGCGUUUUACACAGCGCAGCGCGCUAACGGUACACACGACCAAGUUACAUCCACUCUAGGGAAGACCGAUUGGCAAGGGUAGCCGUGGCCGUUUGUUAACAUAGUCUUCGCUAAGUGAUAAGAUGGUGCCGACGGCUGGUGCCGGUGCAGCCGAGACAUUGGCGAGUGCGAAGACAACAACUGUGACAGCAGCAACAGCAACAGCAACAACAACUAAUACAAAUCAUACAACUGCAACAAUCAAUUUAUCAAUUAAUCAGCCACAACAACAAGAACCACCACAAUUACAGCAACAACAACAACAAUCAGAGGACGUGACAACAAACAAAGAACUCGACUUUGUACUGCAUUCGAUCGGCUUGUAGCGUUAAA